UGUCCAGGAAGGAGCGGCGGCGGCGGCAGGAGCGGUGCUGAGGGCGCCGCCGCACGGACCCGCGGCGCCAGGCCUGCUCCGGCCCGCCGAGUGAGCGAGCGAAUGCUGCGGUGAUAAGCGGCCUCACAGGAACUCUGCAAUGUGAUCUCUAGAAUGGUUAGACAGUAACUUCAGCGGCUUUGUGCAGCACGGUUACAAGAGCUGAAAAUGGAUAGGAAGGAAGAGAGAUUGCCUCCUUUCUUGUACCAGAGGUCUUAAUAGAAGGAUUGCCUUGAGACCCAUCUUUCCCCGUUCAGGACUGCCCAGGUUUUGGUGCCAAGCUGUUGGAGGGGAAAAUGAGAAGGUUUUUGAGAUCCGGCCAUGAUCCUGUGAGAGAGAGGCUCAAGCGUGACCUUUUCCAGUUUAACAAGACUGUAGAGCAUGGAUUUCCCCACCAGCCCAGUGCAUUGGGGUACAGCUCUUCCCUUCAUCUUAUGGCCAUUGGGACACGAUCAGGAGCCAUCAAACUAUAUGGAGCCCCUGGAGUGGAAUUCAUGGGCUUACAUGAAGAAAAUAACACCGUUUUGCAGAUGCACUUUAUACCAGGCCAGUGCCAGCUGGUGACACUGCUAGAUGAUAACAGUCUGCACCUCUGGAGCCUGAAGCAGCGCAGUGGGACUUCUGAGCUGCAGGAGGAGCAACGCUUCACACUGCGAGGGCCCCCUGGGUCCUCUCCAAGUGCUACCCAGAUCACUGUUGUCCUUCCACAUUCUUCUCGGGAAGUUUUGUACCUUGGUACAGAAAGUGGUAACAUCUUUGUGGUGGAGCUCCCCUCCUUCAGAGUGUUGGAAAAAAGGACCAUCAGCUCUGAGACAGUGCUGCAGCGGGUGCCAGAGGAUUACUCUAACAGACGGCCGUGUGAAUUGGUGGAAGCCAUACAGGAGCAUCCUAGAAACCCUGACCAGAUUCUGAUUGGGUACAGUCGGGGACUCAUUGUCCUCUGGGAUGUGCAGAGUAACAAAGCAACACACCACUUCUUGGGCAGUCAGCAACUGGAGAACGUCUUUUGGCAAAGAGAUGGUCGUCAAUUCAUUAGCUGCCAUUAUGAUGGAAGUUACGCCCAGUGGCCAGUAUCCAAUGAUAACAGGCAGCCUGAACCCCUGGAAAGUAAAGUGCCUUAUGGUCCCUUCCCUUGCAAGGCCAUUUCCAAGAUUUACUGGCAGGUGACAAAAAAUGGGCUUCCGUACAUCAUAUUCCAAGGAGGGAUGCCCCGGGCUAGCUAUGGUGAUCGACACAGCAUCUCUGUUAUCCAUGGCAGCCAACAGAUUGCCUUUGACUUCACCUCACGGGUGAUAGACUUCUUUGUCAUCUCCAAUGCAGAUCCUGCUGCAGAGUUUGAUGACCCCUCUGCAAUGGUGGUGCUAGCUGAAGAGGAGCUCGUGGUAAUAGACCUGAAGGCUCCAGGCUGGCCAGCAGUCCAUCCCCCAUACCUGGCAUCUCUCCACUGUUCAGCCAUCACCUGUUCGCACCACGUUUCCAAUAUUCCACUGAAGCUGUGGGAGAGGAUCAUCAGUGCUGGGAGCAAGCAGAACUCUCACUACUCAAAUAUGCUAUGGCCAAUUGAUGGUGGCACCAAUUUGGCUCCAGAUCCUCCCCAGAGGGACCUGCUUCUUACAGGGCAUGAGGAUGGCACUGUGAGGUUCUGGGAUGCUUCGGGUGUUUGCUUGCACCUCCUUUAUAAGCUGAGCACAGUGAGAGUGUUCCUCACAGAUGUAGAUCCCAAUGACAAUAUGAACCCACUGGGUGAAGAUGAGUGGCCACCGCUGCGUAAGGUUGGUUCUUUUGAUCCUUAUAGCGAUGACCCCAGGCUUGGGAUCCAGAAGAUAUAUCUGUGUAAAUAUAGCGGGUACUUGGCUGUAGCUGGUACAGCAGGGCAGGUACUGUUGAUGGAACUGAAUGAUGAAGCAGCAGAGCAUGUGGUGGACUAUGCUGAAGCAGACCUACUGCAGGACCAAGAGGGCUAUAGGUGGAAAGGUCAUGAGAGACUAAAGGCCCGAGAUGGGCCUGUCCGAUUUGAACCUGGUUUCCAACCAUUUAUUUUGGUCCAGUGUCAGCCACCAGCUGUAGUCACAUCAUUGGCCCUUCACUCUGAAUGGAAGCUUGUGGCUUGUGGUACAAGCCAUGGCUUUGGACUCUUUGACCAUCAGCAGAAACGGCUAGUCUUUGUCAAAUGUACAUUGCAUCCCAGUGACCAGCUGGCCUUGGAAGGCCCUCUAUCACGUGUGAAAUCCUUGAAGAAGUCCCUUCGGCAGUCAUUCAGGCGGAUUCGUAGAAGCAGGGUGUCCAGCAGGAAGCGACGAGCCGGUAAUAUAGCAGAGGUGCAAGAGGCCAAUGCCAAGUUUGACCAGGGUGCAUUGCAGGAGAUGGAGCUGGCUCCAGUCCAGCGGAAGAUCGAAGCACGAUCUGCAGAAGACUCCUUCACUGGCUUUGUGCGCACCUUGUACUUUGCUGACACUUUUUUGAGAGACAGUUCCCGGCACUGCCCUUCCUUGUGGGCAGGCACCAAUGGAGGCACAGUCUAUGCAUUCUCUCUGCGUGUUCCUCCAGCAGAGCGGAGGAUGGAUGAACCUGUUAGGGCGGAGCAGGCCAAGGAAAUUCAGCUGAUGCACAGGGCUCCUAUUGUGGGGAUACUUGUCUUAGAUGGGCGCAGCGCUCCUCUACCAGAGCCGCUAGAAGUAGCCCAUGACCUCUCAAAGAGCCCAGAUAUGCAAGGCAGUCACCAACUUCUUGUGGUCUCUGAAGAGCAGCUGAAGGUAUUCACACUGCCCAAGGUGAGCUCCAAACUGAAGCUCAAGCUGACGGCCCUGGAAGGCUGUAGGGUACGAAAGAUGGCAGUCGCUAACUUUGGCAGCUGCCAAACUGAUGACUACAGUGAAAACAACCUGACCGUCUUGACUAACCUUGGAGACAUUCAGAUCAUCUCUCUGCCCUUCCUCAAGUUACAGACACGCUACCCCUGCAUCCGCAAAGAGGAUGUCAGCGGCAUUGCCUCCUGCGUCUUCACUAAGUAUGGCCAAGGUUUCUAUCUGAUCUCACCAUCAGAGUUUGAGAGGUUCUCUCUUUCUACCAAAUGGUUGGUUGAGCCCCGGUGCAUCAUUGAUGCUCCAGAAAUUACAAGCAACAACCACUUGCAUAACACCUCUGGCAUGGAGCAUACUGGAAGGAAAUCCAGGGACCUGGGCAGGAGUUCUGGUGACACUGGAGAAGAUGAGAGGAAGUCAGGGAGGCUAAUGGAACAUGCCUUACUCAAUGAUGAAAAAGUGCUGAAGGAGAUCCAGAGCACGCUGGAGGGGGGAAGAGGAAGAGGAGAUCCCAUUCCCAUAUACCAAAGGAGCAGGACUCUGAGUACUCGCAUACAGGAGUUAUACAGAAAGAAAUUCGGCAAGAAGUCCCGUAGGACAUGGGCUAAGUAAUGGAGGAGCGGAUUGACCAGAGUUCAUCGAGGACUUUCUGGCAUUGGUGCACGUGCCACAACACUACUGACCUGGGGAAGCCGUCCCUGGGGGAGGGGGCCACCACUGCUCUCUGCACAGAAGGACACAGAGGUGUGACUCACUCGUGCAAGCCUGCCUCUGCCGCUCCCUGUAGUGCCUCACUAGAGACAUCUCCUGUCAGUUGGCCUUACAUGCAGGCCAAAAGCAGGUCUCUGGGUCUGACCUCCCCUCCCCCACCCAACCUCCCCUGUAUAUGUCUAACUUUUUUUUUUUUUUUUUAAUGUUUGCACAAUUCUCUUCUUUUCUACUGGGCUGGGUUUUAAAUUAUGACUGCCUUGGGUGCAGAGUUUUCACAUGCGCACAUGGUUACCUCCAAGUAGUGGAAGAUUAUUUUUUGUACAAUUUUUUUAAUCGGAUUGGUGGUUCAGUUUUAAAGGAAACUUAUUUUAGAAAUGUCCUUUUUAAAGAACAUGAAUUUAAUUGAUGUUUUUAAUCCCUGUGGCUGCUGGAACUGGUCUCUGACGGAGGUAUUCCAGUUCCGUUUGUUACGGUACUGCUAACGGUUUUUAUGGACUCGGGUAGACUAUUUUUGUAGCCGUUCAAAUUGGAGGAAAAUUUGAAUUGAACUUGAUUUUGUGUUUCAACACUACAUUGCUCUUUUUGAAAUAAACUCAACUACCUUUGUGGUCAUGGUC